ACCUGCAUACAUACAUACAUACAUACAUACAUACACACCUACAUACAUACAUUCCACAUACUGAAACUCAAAAUACCUACAUACCUACCUAGGCAUUGACAUUCUCUGUGUGGUUUGCGAAAAAAAAAAAAAAAAAGAGAGAAUUUUGCCAAGAUGGUUUCACAACCUAAAUACCGAAGGGAACUCGCGCGUGUAAGAUCCCUUCCAUCACCAAACAAUCGAAUCAACUCAGGAAAUAUGUCAAACGGAGUGGACGAAACCUCGCGUCUGUUGGGCGUCAACGGACAUGCCGGAGACAGACGUAAGAGCAGUGUUCAUGAAUUCUUUCUCAGCAAGAGACAUACACCAGGAACCGACAGCGACAAUGUCAUGGUUAGCUACUCGGCGUCGGCAUGGCAUGUAGGAAAAGUUACUUUGUAUAGUAGCUAUGUUAACGUUCUGUUGAUCUUUGUACCACUGGGUAUCGUUGCAGGCCUCACACACUGGGAUCCGGUCGUCAUCUUCACACUCAACUUCUUCGCUAUCAUCCCAUUGGCUUCCAUCCUCUCGUUUUGCGACAGAGAAAUCUCCAUGAAGUUGGGAGAAACUUUGGGAGGUUUACUGAACGCAACAUUUGGCAACGCUGUGGAACUCAUUGUCAGUAUCAUAGCAUUGAAAGAAGGACAAAUUCGAAUCGUUCAAUCGAGUAUGUUGGGUAGUAUCUUAUCGAACUCCCUUCUUGUGUUGGGAUGCUGCUUUAUUGCUGGUGGAAUUCACAACACUCGCACUGGUACAUCUAUGGGCAUCGAGCAGAGAUUUAACGAUACUGUCGCCGGAACAAUUAAAUCAUCAGCAGACACUGAAACCAACAUUUUGAUUCUCUCUCACGGAACAGCCAUCAUUCUAUUAAUUCUCUACUGUCUUUAUUUGUUCUUCCAGCUUCGAACACAUUCCAACCUAUUUGAUGCCGAAAGUCAAUCAGCAGGAGAGGAGGAGGAAGUACCACAAAUGAGUCCAUGGGCUGCUGCUGCUGUUCUCGUUAUUGUAACGAUCGCGGUAUCUGUCUGUGCUGAUUACUUGGUUGAUUCGAUUGACUCGAUUGUUGAGAAAGCUCACAUCUCCAAAACUUUCGUUGGUCUUAUUCUUCUUCCAAUUGUCGGUAAUGCAGCAGAGCAUGUUACAGCUAUUGUGGUUGCCGUCAAGGACAAGAUGGAUCUAGCAAUGGGUGUUGCCAUCGGAUCGAGCAUGCAAAUCGCACUUUUCGUCACUCCAUUCCUUGUGAUCUUGGGUUGGAUCAUUGAUAAACCUAUGACUUUACAUUUCGAGACCUUUGAAACCGUUGUUUUCUUCUUGAGUGUUUUGGUUGUUACCUAUGUGGUUCAAGAUGGCAAGAGUAAUUAUUUGGAAGGUUGCAUGCUUCUUGGUCUCUAUAUUAUUAUUGCUCUCGCAUUUUUGGUAUACCCAGAUGAGUCUGCUGGAGCAGGUGAAAUUGGAGGAACUGUCGUCAGAUCAGUGAAGGCUUUGGCAGGAUAUUAAUCCGGAAUUGUGAUGUAUGGCGUGUGUUGGUUGGCAUUGAUUGUAUCAAUUAUGGUAAUGGCGUUUUAGCGCUGGAUAUGAAAGGUAGAUAUCGAGAAUCCAUAGGGUGGAGAGAUAGAGAAGGCGGCACAUUUUAACAUUGCUUUGUUUUACUAAUAAAAAAAAAUGGGACUUGGGGAAGGCUUUUAUGAUAGGGUUGCUGGGAUGAGCAGUGGAUGUACUGUAACAAUAGCUCGGAGCUGCGAAGCCAUUACCUCUGUGUAUGAUAGAUACUUUACGAGUAAUACAAUACGUUGAGCUCAAUGAAGUUUUAGGGGAACAGGCAUGGGUAUGUG